ACUCCCCCUCCAAAACCGAUCCCAAACAUUUUUUUUUCCUCCUUUCUUAAUAUUUCUCUCAUUCAUUCAUUCCCUUCCAAUCUCACUCAAAAUAAAUUCAAAUUUUACAACAACACACACACGCAGAGAGUAAUUAUCGUAAGAAAUGGCGAUGGCGAGGGCAAGCUCUGGCCCCGCAUACCCCGAGCGAUUCUAUGCAGCUGCAGCAUACGCUGGAUUUGAUGGAUCUCACAAUUCCACCAGUACCGUCUCUUCUAAAUUCCAAAACGACACCGCUUUGCUCCUCUACGCUCUCUACCAACAGGCGACAGUUGGACCGUGUAAUGUGCCGAAACCUAGCAGUUGGAAGGCUGUGGAACAAAGCAAAUGGAAAAGCUGGCAGGGGCUUGGAAAUAUGGCCUCUACAGAAGCAAUGCGUCUCUUUGUGAAAAUAUUGGAGGAAGAUGAUCCAAGUUGGUACUAUAGAGCAUCUAACUCUAUUUCAGAAAUCUCAGAGUCUGUUGUAGACACACAUGUGAAUCAUUACUCAAAAGAUGAGCCUAUCAUCAAGAAUGGGAACUCUUUCCCAGAGACAAAGACCAUUUCUACUGAGAAUGGGACUCUUGUAGAAACACAGGAUAAAGAUGUUGUCUCAGAAGAUGUCGGUACAGUUGCUGUCUAUGAUCAAUGGAUUGCACCUUCAAUAACUGGCCAAUCCCCAAAAGCCCGAUAUGAGCAUGGAGCAGCAAUUGUUCAAGAUAAGAUGUAUGUAUAUGGGGGAAAUCACAAUGGCCGCUAUCUCAAUGAUCUUCAUGUGCUGGAUUUGAGAAGCUGGGCCUGGUCAAAGGUCAAUUUUAAGGUUGAGAAUGAGUCACAGGAGGGACAGUCUCCAGCUAAAUUAACUCCCUGUGCUGGCCAUUCCUUGAUACCAUGGGAGAAUAAGCUUCUAUCAGUUGCUGGACAUACAAAGGAUCCUUCUGAAACUAUCCAGAUCAAGGUAUUUCAUCUUCAAUCUUGUACUUGGUCAACCUUAAAGACUUAUGGGAAAGGACCGGUCUCACGUGGUGGUCAAUCAGUCACCCUUGUUGGGACAAGCUUAGUGAUUUUUGGUGGACAAGAUGCAAAGAGAUCUCUCUUGAAUGAUCUGCAUAUUCUUGACCUAGAAACCAUGACCUGGGAUGAAAUUGAUGCCGUUGGUGUGCCUCCUUCUCCAAGAUCUGAUCACGCAGCUGCAGUACAUGCUGAGCGUUACCUUCUUAUUUUUGGUGGAGGCUCGCAUGCUACUUGUUUCAAUGAUCUGCAUGUGCUUGAUUUGCAAACUAUGGAAUGGACUAGACCCACACAACAGGGUGAGAUACCAACUCCCCGGGCUGGACAUGCAGGUGUAACAGUUGGUGAGAAUUGGUUUAUCGUUGGUGGUGGCGACAACAAGUCUGGGGUCUCUGAAACUGCAGUCCUGAACAUGUCUACACUUGUCUGGUCUGUCGUAACUUCUGUUCAAGGGCGUGUUCCUCUUGCCAGUGAGGGUUUGAGUUUAGUCUUGAGCUCUUAUAAUGGUGAAGAUGUUCUUGUAUCUUUUGGAGGAUAUAAUGGGCAUUACAGCAAUGAAGUCAAUGUUCUAAAACCAAGCCACAAAUCAACCUUGCAAUCGAAAAUAACAGAGACCCCUGUGCCAGACAGUGUUUCUGCUGUCCAUAAUGUCACAAACCCCACCAGAGAUGUGGACUCUGAGUUGGAAGUGGGGCAAGAAGGCAAAAUCAGGGAAAUUGUUAUGGAUAACAUUGACCGAGAGUCCUGGAAAUCUAGAGGUGAGGGAACUAGUCUUAUAGCCACUUUAAAGGCUGAGAGAGAAGAACUGGAUUCUUCACUUAGCAAGGAGAAGUUGCAGACUCUCCAUUUAAAGCAAGAGUUAGCUGAUGCCGAGACUCGUAACACUGACCUUUACAAGGAGCUCCAAUCUGUACGUGGUCAACUUGCUGCUGAGCAGUCAAGAUGUUUCAAACUAGAGGUUGAUGUUGCGGAACUACGACAAAAGCUUCAAACAAUGGAGACUCUGCAAAAAGAACUUGAACUCCUGCAACGACAGAAGGCUGCCUCUGAACAGGCCUUAGAUGCAAAUCAUAGGCAGGGAUCAGGUGGUGUGUGGGGCUGGCUUGCUGGAACGCCUGGCGGCCAGAAAGGAGACGAUGCCUAAAUUUUUGUCGAAUCCUCGUUAAGUAGUGAUUGCUUAGAUUUGUUUCUCAUUGAUCCACUACCUAUCAUAUAUUUUCUUUUCGCAACGGGAAGAAAGAUAUCGAGUUAUUGUUGGUCACCGUGAAACCCCUUCCGGGUUUUUGAAGGAAUACAACCUGUAGUUUGCAGUUUCAUAUGGUCAUUAUAUAUUUUUAUGUCUUCAGAUUUUUACAGGGUUUGUAUUGGAAGUAAAAAAACUGUUACUGCUUGAAGUAUAGAAUUCAUUAUUUGCCAACAAAAUUGGCCAACAUUCUUUUGUUAUAGUAAUUUUAAGCUUCAAUACUUGAGCUAUUAUUAUCCACAGAAA